UGAGAAAAUCUUCUCUUAUUCCCACCUCCCCACUUUGUCUCCUUAAUCAACUACCCCUUCUAUCCUUAUUCUAUCCCUCCUUUUGUACCCUUUCUUAAACACCAUCAAUUACUCCUACAAAUGCAUGAAAACAUCUCAUUUAGUAAAGCAAACUAGUUACUAUCAUCACACCAAAAAAUAAACCAAAAUGGACUGGUUUUCAUGGUUAUCAAAAUCCAACUUGGAGUCAUCACUCGUUUACGAAUACGGACUAGUAUUCGCGCAGAACGAGCUCGAAGAAGAAGACAUAACUUACUUCAACCAUGAAUUUCUUCAGAGUAUGGGGAUUUCCAUUGCGAAACACCGGCUCGAGAUAAUCAAACUCGCAAAGAAAGAAAAACGUAUUGGAAAGAACCCAAAUGCUAUUUCAGUUGUGAAGAUAGCUAAUAUGUUCAAGAAGGCGAAGAAGUUCGUGGUCAAGUAUAUUCAAACAAUAGCUCACGGUGAUCAGAAUCCGGCAGCAAUUGUCGCCGUGCCGCCUAGACCUAGUAGUUACGGUUCAGGAUGGAGAAGAGCUAUGUUACUGAAGAGAAGCCGCACUACUACUAAUACUUGCAAUAAUCACAGUAACAGGUUGAUGAUGCUGAAACAGGGAAGGUCUCCAUCUUUGAUGCUCACACAUGGGAUUAUGAGUCCGAAUGUUGCAACAGCUGCAUAUCCGUUUUCUCGCAGUACCGGAGCAAGUCCUUCAACAGCUGCAUAUCGAUAUCCUGUCAGCACUGGAGCAAGUCCUUCGGUGUUUUACGACGUGCGCAGUGAAGAUAUGCACCAGGAAGUUAAUGACGGCGAUGAUGAUGAUGAUGCCUAUUGGGCAUCUGCCACUAGCUUUCAAGAGAUCAAAUGGGAUUCAAUGUUUCAGGGAUUAAAACCCACAUGAAUAACAGUAAUAAUAGUACAUUAUUUUUUAACUUUUUGUAAUUCUGAGAGAUUACAGUGUAAUUUUUAAUGCUGUGGUGGGUCAGUUUUUGAAGGAAAAUCAAACAAAACCUGCUCUGCUUUGGCAUUUGGCAUAAACUUUAGUCGGUGUUGAUUGCUUUUUGUCGAGAUAUUCAAGCUCUGGUGUGCUUCUAGCUGUAUAAUGCAUUUUUGCUUUUCUGUGUGCGCUUUUGAUUUUUGAUGGCCCUUGGUGGACAUUAUGUUGGAGAUUAUGUUGACUUAUAAUCAAGUAGCGCAAUUGAUGGGUUCAGCCCUUCUGCAUUAUCAUUUUGACAGAAAAGUUUAUGCAUCAAGUUCUGAACUUUUAUGCUUUCCGGAGAACUGCCAAGAUUUUGAGUGAAAU